AUGGAGUACCCUCAGUUGUGCCGACCUGAACCCCUAAAGCUUGCCUAUGGGAAGAUUGGCCAGUACCGCAGAAUUCAGCAACCCAAAAGGAAAAAUGGCUCAUUCAAAGGGAAGGGGAUAGAAAGAUGGCAUAGAACUGUGUCUACCAACUUAGCUAAACAAAACAUGUUGGUCCCCAAAGAGGAAUCAUUGAGUGAAAGUGACUUGGAGUUUCAUGAAAAUCAAAAUAAUCAGAAAAGAAACCUGAUGAAGAAAAUGAAGAGUGCUUUUGGGAAAAUGCUGUCCUGCAAGUGUGGAGGCCAGUCAGCCCGUGCUGGCAGAGAGAGCCCUGCAGCGCAGACGGAAGCCACCCUCUCCAACACACAAGGCCUGUUGCCUAAACUUGUCAAGGAGCUUCCAUCUCCCAGGUUGUUUACAAAGCCGAAGAUGAGAAAGCUCUCACAGAAUGCAACUAUACAGCUUGAUGUUGUAGAAGCAGAGGCAGAAGAGGUAACCACAGGAACCCGGCUCCUCCGAGCAAGAAGAACCACCAAACGGUUAUCUGUGACUUCCCUUCCUUCAGGGCUGCAGAAGGUACCAUAUUCAUCAAAAAAGAGACUACACUUUCCAGCACUUAAAAAGAAGAAACAGAGCAUGGAAGAUAUCCUCCAGAAACCAGACCUGACAGUGGGAAAACUUCAAAUGCAGGUGGAUGACCUCAUAGAAAGAGUGACUGACAAAUCCAUGAAGCUUCUGGCCCAAAGACAUGCUGAGCUUCAGCACUGUGAGUUUCUAGGGGCUGAGAUCCUUCAGACUUCGAAGCAGUUCCAAAGGCUUUCCAAGAGAACCACUAGGAAGUUCAAGCUGAGGAGUGCAUGCUUCCCAUGCACCUGCUGCUGCUUCUGAGGCCCAAGUGCACAGCCCAGGAGCAAACAGAGGCUGCCUCAACAAGGUGGAAGACAAGCAGCAAGAGCCGAGGCCAACAUCUGAACCUGACUUAUGCUCCAGCAGUGCACUCCCCCACACACCAGCACGUGAACAUAUGUAUCGUGAACACAGGCACAAAAAUAAGUACUUUAAAAAUGACUCCUGAAGAACAGGGUGGAGAGGAGACAUUACUAACCACAUUUCUCAAGCACUAACAGAAAAAUAAGCAGAAAAGCAAUGCAGAUGGAUUGAUCUCAUACACCAGCAAUUCCCAACAGUGUGGAAACUGUCCCUACAACAAACACAUAGCACACGUAUUGAUUAUGGCCCCCUAAAGCCUGCUCAAGGACUACAUUUCCA